CGGCCAUUCUGGCACAGAGACAGUCGAAGUUUGACUGUGUGUCGACGGACCUUUACAGAGGAAGAAAAGACCUAUCGUUGGCUCCAUACGCCGUGCCUGUAGCCGCGUUGCGUCUUUUCUCCAGCUCGACUCCACCAAGUCUGAAUUCGCAUUAAAUAUGUCUCACAUCAUUUGUUAUCAAACGCCUCAGGUUAUAAUGUGCAACAAACACAGAAUAAGUACUACUCUAUAGCCAACGGGAUACCAAGGACUCGAUUGCAGUCGCUUCAAGCCUGAUAGUUUGUCCUUGUGGCUGCUUCCCCUCUCCAUUCUGCUCAGUGGUCAGCUGGCAGUUCUUCUGACAACUUCCCGUCCCUCUCCUUGGGUGAAGAAGACUUAGUUCUCCCAGCGAUCUUAGUCUGCUUUGCCUGGUGCCUACGUUUGUUUCCUGUUCUGCUCUCAGCAGUGGUGCUUCCCUGGAUUUGUAUUAUUCUCUAUUAGAUAAUUUGUCAAAAUUUUCCAAGAUGAUUCAAAACGGUUAUUUGAUCUUUGAGGAUGAAAGUUUCCUGGACUCUACCGUGGCCAAAAUGAAUGCCCUGAGGAAAAACGGGCAGUUCUGUGAUGUUAGGCUGCAGGUGUGUGGUCACGAACUCAUGGCCCACCGUGCAGUUCUGGCUUGCUGCAGUCCCUACCUGUUUGAGAUCUUUAACAGUGACAUCGAGUCUCACGGAGUCUCGCAUGUCACUUUUGAGGACUUGGACCCAGAGGCUGUGGAGAUCUUGCUAAACUACGCCUAUACUGCCCAACUCAAGGCAGACAAGGAGCUGGUCAAGGAAGUUUACUCUGCAGCCAAACGGUUCAAAAUGGAGCGAGUCAAACAGAUUUGUGGCGACUACCUGCUGUCUAAAUUGGAUUCCCAGAAUGCCAUCUCCUUUCGAAACUUUGCCAGCUCCAUGGGAGAUGCUAGAUUUUUGUCCCAGGUAGAUGCCUUCAUCCAAGACCAUCUACUGGACGUGUCUGAACAGGAGGACUUCCUUAAACUUCCCCGCCUUAAGUUGGAGGUAAUGCUAGAAGACAACCUGACCCUGCCCAGCAAUGGCAAGCUCUACUCGAAGGUUCUCAACUGGGUGCAGCGUAGCCUGUGGGAGAACGGUGACCAACUGGAACGACUGAUGGAGGAGGUGCAAACGCUGUACUACUCACCUGACCAUAAGCUGGUGGAUGGAGGGCUGGUGAUUGAGGGGCACAGUGAGGUGUUUGGUGGCGAGGAGGACCACCUUCAGUUUGUGCAGAAGAAACCUGUACGGGAGAGCGACCAGCGACAGAUGAGCUGCAGCUCUUCAGGAAGCCUGUCUCCCUCCAACCAAGCAGCAAACGCCCCAAAGCAGACAGCCAGGAGAGAGUGGAAAUACAUCGCCUCUGAGAAGACCGCAAAUAACAACUACUUGUGUCUGGCUGUGCUGGACGGUGUGCUGUGUGUGAUCUUCUUGCACGGUCGCAACAGCCCUCAGACAUCUCCCUCUGCCACGCCCUGCUUGAUGAAGAGCCUCAGCUUCGAGGCCCAGCCAGAAGAGCUCGAAGAGCAGCCGCUCUCACCCAUGCAUUAUGCUCGCUCUGGCCUGGGCACCGCAGCCUUGAAUGGAAAAUUCAUUGCAGCAGGGGGCUACAACAGAGAGGAGUGUCUGAGGACUGUCGAGUGUUACGACCCCAAGGAGGACCGCUGGACUUUCAUCGCACCCAUGCGUACUCCAAGGGCUCGUUUCCAGAUGGCCGUGCUCAUGGGUCAGCUUUACGUGAUUGGAGGUUCAAACGGACAUUCUGAUGAGCUGAGCUCCGGGGAGAAAUACGAUCCACGCACUGAUGAGUGGACUCAAGUACCAGAGCUGAGGACGAAUCGCUGCAACGCAGGUGUCUGCUCCUUGAACAACAAACUCUAUGUUGUGGGAGGGUCUGAUCCCUGCGGGCAGAAGGGUUUGAAGAACUGUGACGCUUUUGACCCUGUGGCCAAAACCUGGACCAACUGUGCCUCCCUCAACAUCAGGAGGCACCAGGCAGCAGUGUGCGAGUUGGACGGCUUCAUGUACGCGAUCGGAGGGGCAGAGUCGUGGAAUUGCCUGAAUACCGUGGAGCGCUACAACCCCGAGAACAACACCUGGACUCUGAUAGCCCCCAUGAAUGUGGCUCGCAGAGGGGCCGCCGUUGCUGUUCAUGCAGGCAAACUGUUUGUUGUCGGCGGCUUCGACGGCACUCAUGCUCUUCGCUGCGUGGAAAUGUACGACCCUGCCCGCAACGAUUGGAAGAUGCUGGGCAGCAUGACCUCGUCUCGCAGCAAUGCAGGCGUGGCCAUGCUGGGCGACACCAUCUACGCCGUGGGCGGCUUCGAUGGAAACGAGUUUCUUAACACGGUGGAGGUAUACAACCCCGAGACGGACGAGUGGUACGACUGCGCCAAAGCCCCGUCUCCCCUCUCUGACUGAAGAGGGAAGACCGGGAGGAGGGAGAGCAGGGGAUUGGAGUUUCACAGUGCUUCACCUAUUAUUUUUUUUUUUUUUUUUCCCCC